UAUGAAACAUGAUUAUAUUAUUUUUUGGGUGUAGAUUGUGACGAAUUCUGGACGUGCUAGCACAUUGGCUGCCACUGAUGCCGCUAUGCCAACUUUGAGGCGCAUAGAACGGGCAGCUAUAGCUGCUGCCACUCCUAUCACUUACCAUUCCAGGGAGCUUUUGCUUCUAAUACAUGAACACCUACAGGCAUCUGGUUUGGCCACAACAGCUGCUUCACUGCUAAAAGAGGCCCAGUUGACGUCUUUGCCAUCCUUGGCUGCCCCCUCAUCUCUUGUUCAUCAAGCUACACAAGAAGCCUCAUCUCUGCAGCUUCAGUGGCCCUCUGGUCGCACCCCUAUUGGAUUUCUUACCAACAAAUCAAAGAUAGCAAGGGAGGAGGAUUCAAGCUUGAAAUGUGAUUCUACUGUCUCAUACUCAAAGAAAAAACCUUUGGUUUUCUCUCCAAGUUUUUGUCUUCAGUCAAGGAAUCCGUUCCAGUCCCAUGACUCUCACCCAACAUUGGCCACAAAUGUCUUAAGUGCAUCGAAAGAGUUAUCUGCACCUGCAAAUGCAUCAGAAGCUCCAUCAGAUAUCCUGCCGAAACCUAGUAUUGAUACAGAGUACCAGUGUAAGACACCCAUCCUGUUGCCGAUGAAAAGAAAGUUAUCCGAGUUAAAGGAUCCUGGAUGUUUGCCAUCAUCUGGGAAACGCAUCCACACUGGGGACCAGGGAUAUCGGUCUCCAAUUUUUCCCACACCCAAUAUUGUGCGAAAAAGCGGUCUACUAACUGAUCUGGCUGGGUUCUCUACUCCUACUUCCAACAUGAGAGAUCAGCAUUGUCGAUCCACACCUGCUUGUUUUUCAUCAGAGUACCUGGAUGAUAACCAGUAUGGUAAUUCUAGUGUAGGUCUGGCAACACCAUCCUCCCAACUUGGGCUUCAAAACGACCCUCAACCAAGCAACCCAGAAAGAUUGACUCUGGACUCUUUGGUUGUUCAGUAUCUGAAGCACCAGCAUCGCCAGUGUCCUGCCCCUAUAACCACUCUUCCACCACUGUCCCUGUUACAGCCACAUGUUUGUCCUGAACCAAGACGAACCCUUGAUGCCCCUUCAAAUGUAACUGCCCGGCUUGGCACCCGUGAGUUCAGAAGUAUGUAUGGUGGUGUGCAUGGAAACCGCAGGGAUCGUCAGUUUGUUUACAGUAGAUUCCGGCCAUGGCGGACUUGUAGGGAUGAUACUGGUACCCCUUUGACAUGCAUCUCUUUUCUGAGUGACACUGCUCGUAUUGCAGUAGGCAGUCAUGGUGGAGAGCUCAAAAUUUUUGAUUCCAAUAGCAGCAAUGUAUUGGAGAGUUGUCCAAGCCACCAGUCUCCUGUAACGCUUGUUCAGACAUAUCAUUCAGGUGAAACCGAAUUGGUGCUGUCUUCUAGUUCAGAAGAUGUGAGGUUGUGGGAUGCAUCUACAGUCUCAUCUGGGCCAAUGCAUUCAUAUGAAGGGUGCAAGGCUGCAAGAUUUAGCAAUUCUGGGGAUGUUUUUGCAGCCCUAUCAUCAGAGCUGGCGCAAAAAGAAAUUCUAAUAUAUGACAUCCAAACUAACCGGUUGGAAUCAAAACUGUCAGAUACAGCUGCUAGCACGGGACGUGGACAUUCAUAUUCUCAUAUACACUUCAACCCUUCAGACACAAUGCUGCUCUGGAAUGGUGUCCUAUGGGACAGGCGGGUUUCCAGCCCUGUUCAUCGUUUUGAUCAGUUUACGGAUUAUGGGGGUGGUGGCUUCCAUCCUGCUGGGAACGAGGUGAUUAUAAACUCUGAGGUCUGGGAUCUCCGGAACUUUAGACUCCUCCGAAGUGUACCUUCUUUAGACCAAACUACAAUAACUUUUAAUGCCCGUGGUGAUGUAAUUUAUGCAAUCCUCCGGAGAAAUCUUGAUGAUGUAAUGUCGGCGGUGAAUACCCGUCGCGUAAAGCAUCCUCUCUUUGCUGCUUUCCGCACAGUGGAUGCGGUUAACUACUCGGACAUUGCCACGAUUCCGGUUGAUCGUUGUGUCCUCGACUUUGCAACAGAGCCAACUGAUUCAUUUCUUGGGCUGAUCACAAUGGAUGACCAAGAUGAGAUGUUUGCUUCUGCUAGGGUUUAUGAAAUUGGUCGCCGAAAGCCGACAGAUGAUGAUUCUGAUCCUGAUGAUGCCGAGAGUGAAGAGGAUGAUGAUGAUGAAGAAGACGACGACGAUGCGGAUAUGGACACUCUACUGGGCCCUGAUCUUGACGGGGAUGAUGAUAGUGAUAUGAGUAAUGAUGAUGAUGAUGAUAGUGGGAGCGACCUUGAUGACGACGAUGAGGGAGAUUAUAUGAUGGAUGGGGACUUUGAUGGAGGAGGUGGAAUGCUUGAGAUUUUGACAGACGGUGAGGAAGAUGACGAUGACAGUGAUGGACUGGUUGAAUCCUUUAGCAGUGGUGAUGAGGAACAUUUUGCAGGCCAUGGUUUCGGUUAUUAACUGUAACAUUACAUACGUAUCAUCUGAGUGAUUAGAUCGGUGCUAGUAGUUGAGAGCAGAUGAUGUAAUUAUGAUCUUUUUGAGUUUUCCCUCGAUUUGUUCACCAAUGAGAAAAGGCGUAGCUUCAUUCAUCAUUUAUACAUCAAUCUCACACCUUUCUUUUAUCUUUGGGGUUGAGAUUUUAUA